AUGGCGCAAAAGGAUUCGGGCCUUGCAAUCGGCAUCGAUCUGGGGACGACGUACUCCUGUGUGGGAGUGUGGCGGUCUGGCAGGGUCGAGAUCCUCCCAAAUGAAGUGGGCCUCAAGAAAACUCCCUCCUACGUUGCCUUCCCUGAUACAGGCCGUCGCAUUGGCGAAGAAGCAAAGAGCCGUGCUGCUUUCAACUCCACUAAAACCAUUUUCAAUAUCAAGCGCUUGAUGGGUAGGCGCCCUUUUGACCGCAAAUUUCCGGUCGGGGACAUUAAGAAGCUCUGGCCUUUCGAGGUGAUCUCCGAACCUCAGGUGCAGCGCCGCUAUAUGAUACGCGUCAAUUACAGGGGUGAGGAUAAGCUCUUUUCACCAGAGGAGAUCUCAUCGAUGGUUCUCGCAAAGAUGCGCGACAUCGCCGAGGCCUAUCUUGGCACCACUGCCAGGAAUGCUGUCAUCAGCGUUCCUGCCUGCUUCAACACGGCUCAGCGCCAGGCCACCAUGGACGCUGGUGCCAUCGCCGGAUUGAAUGUCAUGCGCCUUAUCAAUGAGCCCAGUGCCGCUGCCCUUGCCUAUGGUUUCGUCAGGGAUGUGGGGUGGGAGGGCAAGAAAAACAUCCUAGUCUUUGAUCUCGGGGGUGGCACUUUAGAUGUCUCUCUGCUGAAUAUCGAUGAGGGAACCUUCAAGGUCAUGUCCACGGAAGGAGAUACCUGCCUGGGUGGCGAAGACUUCGACGAUGCCAUGGUUGACUAUUUUAUUGAGAGGUUCAAGGAGAAGCAUAAGCGGGAUAUAAGUUGCAGCUCCAGGGCGGUCAUGCGUCUAAAGGCUGCAUGUGAGAAAGCGAAAAUUGCACUGACUGUGACCAAAGAAACCACCAUCGAGAUCGACCGCUUGUACGAAGAAAUCGACUUUUCCGCCACCAUCACUCGCUCCCUGUUUGAGAAGUUGAACAAUCGUCUUCUCAUGAAGUGCAAAGAGAUUGUUGCGAAGUGCCUGAGGAACGGCAAGGUGAGCCCAAGGCACAUCGACGAGGUCCUUUUGGUUGGUGGAUCGACUCGAAUUCCGAUGGUGCAAGAAAUGUUGAUUGGGUACUUUGGUAUGGAACUUUGCAAGGCCAUAAAUGCCGACGAGGCUGUUGCUUAUGGCGCCACGCUCCAAGCAGCCAUGUUGACAAGGGAGGGCAAUGAAGAGAUGCCGAAACUGGCCCUUGAAGAUGUGACUGCUUUGGACUUUAAUAUCUUUGUCAAUGGCACAAAUCAGAAAACUGCGUUUCCAAAGAACACCGCGAUCCCGCCCGUGAAACCUUUCAUUUUCCCCUGGGACAAAUGCGUACAUUUUCUUGAUGUCUAUGAGGAUAAGGACAACUACUUUCUCGAAAGAUUACGCUCACAAUGUGAAUUUGCUCCGAAUGCCAGGGCGCGCUUCUAUAUUGAUGAAAAUGGUAUUUUGAGUGUCUCAAUUCAGAACACAAACACCAAGCAAAAAACUAUGGUUUCCGUCCCCACAAGUCGGCUAAAUCGAGACGAGAUAAAAAGGAUGGCGCAAGACGCCGAGGUGUACAACUUUCAGGAGGAGGAGCACAAGAACAGGGUAAAGGAAAAAAACUCAUUGGAGAAGUAUAUCUACGAUUCGAGGAAGGCCAUCAAUGAUAAGAUGAUAGAGACCAAGCUGGAUUCUGCCGAUAAAAAGAGGAUUGAGGUUGCCAUCGAGAACCGCAUCGAAUGGUUGGCAACUCACCAGCUCGUACCUGCGGAAGAGUACAGGGACAAGAUGGUCGAGUUGCAAAAUGUGUGCGGUCACAUCCUCAACAAGAUUCGUGAGGAAGAAGAGCAGGAGAGGAGCAGUGACCUCUCUCCCAAUCGCGGUGCUGGUCCCAGUGUUAAAGCCAGCGACUGUGGUUGUAGCAGCAUUAAUUGCAUAUCUAAGGCCAACCCGCCUCAAUCAGAUGAUAUUACUGAGUCGAAUAUCAGUAGUGAGAUCAUCAUUCAUCCUAUAAAUGACGCCGACGAAGUUUAUCAUGGCAGUCCUGAAUUGGUGGUUGAGAGCUUUUUUCUCAAUGACGGUGCCACUUCAAAAAUUGGAAUUACGUUUCCUCCCACCAACUCUAAGGUUGAAUUCACGAGCGAAACGAAAUUGACGAUUUGCAACAAUGUGGAUACUGCUCUCCUCCCUAAAAUUUUAUCAAAAUUAAGAGAAUGGGCGGUCGCUGUGGCUCAGAAUACUUACAACGAGUUGGUCCGUAUGUUGCAUGCCAAGAGUGAGCACAGAAGCUUUCCCGCCAUUGCCGGUGCUGAUUCUCAAUCUCAAGAUAUCAAACGUCCUCCUCCGGACGACAGUAGCGCUUGUGCUGAAACCACGGAGGCCGCCACCCAUUUAGACGGUGGUGCUACUCAUAAUAUGGAAAUCAAAGGACAUUCGCCUGGAGCUGGCGUUGGUUCUGACAAUCAUCCUAGCAAUUGUGGCGGUACUGAUCACGAAGAAAAGGAGGGUCAUGGUGCCGUGGCCGAAACUAAUGCCGAGGGUUCCCCUUCCAACAGCAGAACCCAGUCCAAAGGCGAUCUUCGUGAUCUUUCCCCCAAUGGUGGUAGCUCGAUGGCUGAUCAGGUGUCCCACACGUCCUCUCCUGAUGCCAACUUUGGUUCCGGUUCGACUCUCUCUGAUGAAAAUCCUGGUAACAACGCCUCUUCCGGUAAUCAAGAUGACGUUUCAACCAAAGAGUUACAUGUUCCUACUUCCAACAUUGAGGGUGAACCGGAUCCCGAAACCAGUGUUUCUUCUGCGUCUGAUGGACAAGACGAGAUGGCUCGGGCCAAUGACCCUCCUACCGAUGGUGGGUUGGCGGGAACAGUACCUCCAGGACAGAACAGCAGCGCAUGA